CUCAUGAAUCCAAAGAUGCGGGCCCACGUCUUCCCUGUCCACGUCGACAGCGCUAAUGCAUCUGCGAAAAUCUCUGAACGACGUCCGCAACGUAUCCAUCUUUUACUGCAUGGCAGUGGGAUCUAGUCUUUGGGCGCCUCCGCCACGAGGUUUGUUGUGAUCGGGGGGACAAACUGGUCGUGUCGUGUGGGAGGUUACUUAAAUCAUGAUCGUCUCUGUUGUCGAGUUUCCUCUUUUUGCAACCAUCUUGUCAAUCUUUGUUAACCACACUCUCUCCACAAGACUCGAGCAGGUCUCUCAACGGCAUCAUUCCUUUGCUGAACGAGCCUCUGUCGACGUGACUCCUAUACAGGACUAACUUUGAACCUUUGUUCUUCCACACUACCAGUGUCCCAGUGACCAGACCGUCUUUACGACACCAACUCAACAUCAAAAUGCAAUUCAAGACCAUUGCCUCAGGCGCAGCAGUGCUGCUUGCCUCUGCCCCAGCCGUUCUCGCUGCCGGAACUGCUCACGUCGUCAACAACUGUGGCUUCCCCGUCUACUACGCCUCUGUCGCCCAGGGCGUUCAUGCCAGCAUGCAACCUCUCCAAGGAUCGUACUCGGAGCCAUACAGCCAGCCUGGCGUCGGCAUUUCCAUCAAGCUUGCCCCCAAUGCCACCACCAACGGACCUGUCUCUCAGUUCGAAUUCACCUGGUACGACGGCAAUAUCGCCUACGACAUCUCCAACAUUGAUGGGUAUCCCGCUCCUUUCAGCGCCGGCGGUAUGCAGAUUGUUCCCUCGCGAUUGAACGAUCCUGCUUACCCAACCUGCGUCGUCAUUGACUGCCCUGCCGGAAACCCAUACUGUGAUGCCGCCUACAACUUGCCCGACGACACCCGAACCAUGGUCUGUGACGAGAACGUCGACCUUACCUAUGUCCUCUGUCCAGGUGGACCCACCAAGCGAAGUGUGGAAGUGCCCAAGACUUCCCGCAUCCUCUACCGCGCCCACGCGCGUCAGUUCCUUCCUGAGGAGUCAGAGUAAACGCGUCAUGUGUUAGCAAUAACGAUAUGCCAACCCAGUCAAAAGACCAGCCACGAUCUCUCCCUCGUCAGCGCAGCUAGAUCUGCCGCUUCGAGGCUUCGACAUCUCCCCCUUUCGCUGCCUGCAAGAACACUCUCUUAGCGCAUUGUCCAGGAGUCGACACUUGUAUGAUGCCAUUACCCCUGCAGGACAGUUACCGAUCUCGACGAUCAACUAGACUCUACGUCAACUUACAUCACAACAACACGACACGCACCUUUCUCUACGGCGACUGGUCUCACCGCAGAACAAAUGACUGGCAUUUCAGCUUGGCUACGAGUUGCCCAAAGCUACGUAGUAAUGAACAAGUCCUACAUCGGGAAUACAGCCGAUGAGACUCAUGACGAUCGAUAUACCAAGCAACGGCGAUGGUGGACGACAAUACGAUUUCUUAUGUUUCCUUCAAUUAUAGACACGGACACCGGAACGGACUUUGAAACUCCCAAUGGGCAUCUAUGAGGAUGACCUAGCCUGACGACCAAGAGGUUGUCAGGGACUUGAUCGACAUGACUGUCGCACGAACCCUUGGGUCCUUGUGGACCGAGAGGGCAGGUGAUACAAUCACUCGUGGACCAUGUGCAGAUGGUGGGAGGGACAAAGACAAAGUCUUUUACAGAUCUUUUCACUGGGAUGGGACCAAUCAUUGAGAUUCAUUUAUACAUAGACUUCACUUCUUUGAAUAUCACAUCUAGGGUACAACGAAAAGAAAAUGAUAUUUACUAUCAAAA